AUGGAUGAGAAGCAUCUUCCUAAUACCGAGGGUCCAAGGAGGCCCACUAGCAAGCCACGGAGCUUCUGGAAAUAUUUCACCGCUGGCGCCUUGUUCUGGUUCGCCGUUUGGAAACUUACCUCGCACGUUUCAUGGCGUUCGCAUUUGUGCCAUCACGAUGGGCUGGUCAGAUACUCAGGCGAGAGUAUCAGCUGGAAGGCCUGUGGCGAUUUGAAUGGCAGGGAACUUGAGUGCAGCGAGCUCGAAGUGCCCAUGGAUCAGUUCAACCCCGAGAACUCGGGCAACAAGACUUUUACUCUCCCUCUCAUCAGGCUGAGGGGCAAGGAUGCGACUCAAAAUAUUCUUCUGAACCCCGGCGGCCCGGGAGGGUCGGGUAUCGAAUUUCUUUUCCGACGGGGAGAAAGUUUGAAUGCCAUCGUUGGAGAAGGGUUUCACCUGUUAUCAUUUGACCCCAGGGGCGUCAAUGGUAGCAAGCCGCUUGCAUCUUGUUACCCGGAUAAGGAGGCAAAGCGUGAUCUCAGUGCCGUACGGUCCGACAAAGUCAUCGAGGACAGCGCCGAGGCCUUUGCCUGGUCUCAAAACUACGUCAAAGCAUGCCAGGAAACCAUGGGCGAACAUGGGAAGUACAUCAACACCCCACAAACUGCUGCCGACAUGAACAGUAUCCUCGAUGCCGUCGGACAACAAGACAUGAUAUACUGGGGCUUCAGUUAUGGAACAAUCCUGGGCCAAACGUAUGCGAGCCUUUUCCCCGAAAGAUCCGAGCGUGUCAUCAUUGAUGGAGUUGCCAACAACUUCGACUGGUUCGAGAACAAUUUCGACCUCGAGGCGCUAGCCGACACUGAGAAUGUAUUACUUGGGUUCUUCGAUGAAUGCAUCAAAGCUGGCAAGAACUGCACCCUAUCCUCACUUGCCAAAUCCAAGGAAUCACUUCGAGAUAAAGUACUGUCGUCAGUCGACAAACUCUCAGAGCCCGUAAGUGUGUACGUGAACAACACAGUGUAUGGGCUUUUGAAUCGGGAGAAAGUCUUAUUUAACGGAAUUUUCCCCGCAUUAUACAAGCCGACGUUAUGGUACGAGCUUGCAGACCGGCUUGAAAAGCUGAUUAAUGGCAAUGCAACUGAGGCGUUCUUGUCCUAUGCUCAAGGUCCGGCUUGGGGCCAACUGGGGGAUGCCCUCAUGUUCAUAACCAUGAACGACGGUACCGCUGGCCCGGAGCACUGGCCGAAGGACCGGGAAACCAUGCUGGACAACCUGGUACCUUAUAUGAACCAAAGUAUGUUUUCUCCCUCGAUGAAUGGCGAGUAUUACAUCAAGCAGCAUUGGAGUAUUCCGAAGACACACACCUUUGUUCAGAAGAUGGGCGUCAAAACGGCACACCCUCUGCUCAUUCUCUCCACCACAUACGAUCCUGUGUGCCCCCUUCUGUCUGCACGAUCGGCCAAUGCAGCCUUCGAGGGCUCACAGAUCAUCGAGGUUCGAGGGUAUGGGCAUUGCAGCAUUUCCGUACCAUCUGCCUGCCUCGCCAAGCACGUGAGGGAGUUUCUGUACAAUGGGACGGUUCCCGCCAACUACACACAGUGUGACGCGGAUGGACCGUACUUCAUCAAGCCGGAGGAAGAUGGGAAGAUAUCAGCCAUGAUGCACUUCGAUGAUCCUGAGGAACAGCGCAUUCACCGUGCGCAGCUGGAGAUCGCUCAGGAUCCUACUUGGCCAUUGUGGUAG